UGAACUUGAGAUACAUUGAGAUACAAAAGCCUUUGAAAUCAGGAGCUCAUUCUCUUCUACUACUUCCAUCCCUGGAAAUAAGAGCUUCCCUCCCAGAGCGGCGACUGUUGACUCUGGGUUCCUCCCAAGUUCACUUUUUUUUUGUAGGACUUGUCGUCUUGCCUCCUAGUCCAAUUCACCGCUAGGCUCGCUUCAUCAAGUUGAUGUUCAGGGCUGGUUCCUCAUUGAGCCACUGGCUGACUCUGCUCUGAGCGCUAAUUUCUGAAACUCUGAAUCUUUUGACUUUUCACAGUUCAUAAGGUCAUAACUUGUCCUUUAUUUUUCUGAUGUGUUAUUUACAUAAAAUCAGAAAAGAAUAAACAGGAAAAAAUAGCACUUACAUGAGGAGAUAAUGUGGCUUGUGGCAGGUGGAAGGUCACUGCCCCUUUCACUGCUGUUACCCCUCAAGAAUUACAGCUCUUCUUGCCUCUUGUAGUGUCACUUGAGUGAAGUUGGGGACCCCAGGAUGUAUACAAGGCAGGCGAGUGCCACAGUGCUGAAUACAGCAUGAGAUGGGAGCUAGCAGAGGAAGGUAAAGCUAAAACCCAGGUCUUUUUGCUUUUGUGUCCCUAGUUCAGUGCCUAAUUCAGUCCCCAAACAAGUUUGGUUUUAGGCAGAAAUUGUUUUAUAAAUAUUCCUAUGGUCUGUACAUUGGCUGAUAGUCUUCCUACUUUCACUGUCAAAGUCAGAUUUUUGCAGUCCACAUAUUCAGCAUUAAUUUCUCUAUAAUUCCUUGGUCAAACCAAAGGCUGACACUUAAUUCUGGCUUAUCACCAUUUAAAAGGUUGAUUACAUUGCAUUGUCUGCAUGGGGAGCCAAGGACAUAUAGACACAGAUUCAGCAUGUUUAAGGGGAAUUUAAGUCUAGGAAAUCAUUAAAUAUAUCAGUAUAGUACUCAUAGGAUGUAUAUAAUAUAUUAGGAACUUGAGAGAAGAAGGAAUGUAGAUGCUGCAAGGAAAUUUGAAGAUCAUAGAUUUUGGGUUCAUAGGAACCCUAAAGUUCAGUGAAUUUGACUUCAUUUUAAAGAUGAAGUGACAGACUAAAACCUUAUCACCUCAUCUUAUAGAUCAAGCUCUCAGAGGAUCUUGAUUACCAUUAAUUGACCAGCAGUUAAUAGCAAGUCUGAGACUAGAAGCCAGGCCUCCUAACCAAUUCUUUGGGUCUUAUUCCUUUUUGCUAUGAUCAGGAACUGGACAGAAGUUUAAGAACUUGGAAAUGAAAGAGAUGAGUUAAAGAGCCUUAAUAAUUCUAAAUAUAAAAAAGAAUAUGAAUAUUCUUGAGGCUUCUUGGGCAGGGCCUACAUUUUAGUAAAAAGUUUGAAGUGGUCUUCUGGGGUAGUCUAGUAUUCCACUUAUAUUCUGUAAUACAAAAAUUAUCUUCAUCUGACUGGAGUAGGGGGAAAUAAUUCUUUUUCAUUUCUUCAGCACAUUUAGGAGUUUUAAUAUUAGUAUCUUAUAAUUUUAUUAUUCUAUUUCUGGUAAUCUGAUAUUUUCCAUAAUACAGCCAUACAGAAAGAAAGAAGCUGACUUCUAGAGUCUGGGAGGAGGCUUGAAUUUUGGAGGACAGGGAAAAGAGAAUGUUGGAUUCAGAAAAUAGAGGAAAAGGAAAAAGAAUUGGGAGGCAGCUUGGAUUUAACAUGAAAUAAUUUUAUUUGACCACUUAACCUAAGUAUUUUGCUUUCACCUUGCUUUUCUCGACACUCCUACCUAUUCCUCCCCUCCAUUCCAAAGGCUUCAGCCUUUACCAUGACAAAGCAGCCUAGCCAGUUUGACCAGCUCCUGGGAAACACCAAACAAUACUGCCAACCAAAGUCACAUGAUACUAGUUACUAAUUACCUUCCAGUCCAGAUGGGGAAAGAUAAAACAGCUCACUUACUGAUUGGGCAUUUAGGUUUAAAUAACUACGUACUCUACUGGGUUCCAGCAGAGACAUCAAGAGAAGGGAGUGUUUAAUAUAGAGAAAUACCUGAAGAGGAACACAGCCCAGGGCGAAGCUGCACCUGUCUGAAUUUUAGUACAGUAUAUAUCCAUAGAAGAAAGAGAGUUGUGGAGUUGAGAAUGUGCCCUUACGCCAGGUUUAUUAUACAUUAAAUAUGGGUGAAUCCCAAAGAAUUCGAGAAGAAACAGAGACAGUGAAAAAGGGUCAUCGAAUCCCUAGCUGGGAAUAUGAAGAUUGUAGCAGUAUACAAAAGAGAAACCUUACAAAAUUGAAUAGUCAUUAUAGAGAACAUUUGGAUUUGAAAUACAGGACUGAGGAGCGAAAAAAUAGAAAACGGGAAUGUGGUUAUUGGGAAUUUGGAAAGGCUGAACCAAGCUGUGUUGACUCCUGGAAUGUGGAUUGUUAUCAUGAAAUUUUUAAGGAGACCACACAAAGUGUGAAUGAAGAUCAUGGUGAUUAUAUGAAACUGAAAAAUGUAGGCUCUGGAAGACUGAAUUCCAGAAAUGAGGAUGACUGUUUUACAGAAAGAACAGAUCUAGACCGGACAACAAGAUAUCGGAAAAAGUCUCAUGACCACUUUGCAGAUUACAGGAAUUUGAAUUGUGAUCCUGAAGAUUUUAAAAAACGUGGUAGGCGGAAGACAGACUACAGUAUUUUAGAUGAUUGUUUGGGGAAUUUUGAUGACCUUCAACUCCCCAAUAUGUGUCCCAGAAGUUUUAAUGACAAAUCUGAGGAUUUUCAGAAAGCUAAUUACUUUGAUGGGAACCUGAAAUAUUUGCAUCAUGAACCAAGGAAUUAUAAAGAAAUUAAGGCUGAAUAUGUGGAUUGCAAAGAUUUUGACUUUGACAGUGAAAGUAGGAACACUGUCAGCCAAUGUACAGACCAUAGGAAUAUUUAUAAAAACAAUUUCUGCCUAAAACCAAAGACUCAAGUUAUUGAUCAGAUCACUUUUCAUGACGAAAAAGAAAGGUAUGACACUCAGUUUUUAAACUGUGAGUAUAAACUUCAGAACUGUAGAAAUCUAGAUUUUCAAGAUUUGAAAUAUAACUGCAAUGACAAGUCACUGAAAGACAGAAGGCUUACCUUGGAUAGUUUGGAGAACAGUGGGAGAGGCACAAAAGGUCAUCGACCUGGGAUUCCUCAGAGUCCUCCAGAGCAGAGGCAGGUCUGGGAUUUGGAGGACAAAUUGAGGGGCUCUGACUUGUGGGGAAGGAACAGCCUUUACCGGCGGACUGCACCCAGCACCCUGAGGCGCUCAGAAUUUGUGCAGAACAGGAAAAGAAAAGGUACUAAAAAAAUGACUCUCCUCUCCUCUCAGUCUGCAUCCCUGGAGUCCCCCUCUGUGUCCGUGUCCUCUGAUAACCCAGAGCAGAGAAUGCUGGAGAAGCGAGCCAAAGUGGUAGAAGAACUCCUCCAAACUGAAAGGGAUUAUGUGCGAGAUCUUGAAAUGUGCAUUGAACAGAUUAUGGUGCCCCUGCAGCAGGCCCAGGUGCAGAACAUGGAUUUUGAGGCACUUUUUGGAAACAUCCAGAUGGUGGUUAAUGUCUCAAAGCAGUUGCUGGCUGCUUUAGAGACCUCUGAUACUGUAGGACCAGUAUUUUUAGAGCAUCGGGAUGAGCUUGAAGGAGUAUACAAAGUUUACUGCCAGAAUCAUGAUGAGGCCAUUGCACUGCUGGAGAUAUAUGAGAAAGAGGAGAAGAUCCAGAAGCAUCUUCUAGAAUACUUGGAAAACCUUAAGACCCUGUACAGUGAAUGGGGUUGCACAAACUACAUUAACUUGGGCUCCUUCCUCAUCAAACCAGUGCAGAGAGUUAUGCGUUACCCACUGCUGCUAAUGGAGCUCCUGAAUUCCACCCCAGAAUCUCACCCUGACAAAGCUCCUUUAACCAAUGCUGUCUUUGCUGUCAAAGAAAUCAACGUCAAUAUCAAUGAAUAUAAACGUCGAAAGGAUUUAGUCCUUAAGUACCGUAAAGGAGAUGAAGACAGCCUAAUGGAGAAAAUCUCUAAACUUAAUAUCCACUCCAUCAUUAAGAAAUCCAACAGAGUAAGCAGUCACCUAAAGCACCUCACUGGUUUUGCUCCUCAGAUAAGAGAUGAAGCUUUUGAAGAAACUGAGAAGAACUUCAGAAUGCAAGAAAGACUUAUUAAGUCUUUUAUCCGAGACCUUUCCCUCUACCUUCAACACAUUCGUGAAUCAGCAUGUAUGAAAGUUCUGGCUGCCAUGAGCAUGUGGGAUGUGUGUAUGGAGAAGGGAAAUGGAGACUUGGAACAGUUUGAGAAAGUACAUCGUUAUAUCAGUGACCAACUCUUCACGGAUUUUAAAGAAAGGACAGAGCGACUUGUCAUCUCACCCCUGAACCAGCUUCUGAGCAUGUUCACCGGACCCCACAAGCUGGUGCAGAAGCGCUUCGACAAGCUGCUGGACUUCUGCAACUGCACGGAACGAGCCGAGAAGUUGAAGGACAAGAAGACGCUGGAAGAGCUGCAGUGUGCCCGUAACAACUACGAGGCCUUAAACGCCCAGCUGUUGGACGAGCUCCCUAAAUUCAGACAUUAUGCCCAGGGCCUGUUCUCCAACUGCAUCCAUGGCUAUGCUGAGGCACACUGUGACUUUGUGCACCGGGCCUUGCAGGAGCUGCAGCCGCUUCUCACACUGCUGAAAGUGGCUGACAAAGAGGGAAACCUCAUCGCUAUCUUCCAUGAAGAGCACAGCCGAGUUCUUCAGCAGCUCCAAGUCUUCACUUUCUUCCCAGAGUCUCUUCCAGCCACCAAAAAGCCCUUUGAGAGAAAAACCAUGGAGCGCCAGUCAUCUCGGAAGCCUCUUCAAGGUUUGCCAAGCUACAUGCUGCAAUCUGAUGAACUCCGUGCUGCUCUGCUAGCAAGAUAUCCCCCUGAGAAACUCUUCCAAGCAGAGCGGAACUUCAAUGCUGCCCAAGACCUUGAUGUGUCCCUCCUAGAGGGAGACCUCGUGGGUGUGAUCAAAAAGAAAGACCCCAUGGGCAGUCAGAAUCGAUGGCUGAUUGACAAUGGAGUCACCAAAGGCUUUGUGUACAGCUCCUUCUUGAAGCCCUACAACCCACGUCGGAGCCAUUCAGAUGUUUCUGUUGGAAGCCAUUCCUCCAAUGAAUCAGAGCACAGCAAUUCAUCCCCCAAAUUCCCCCGACAGAAUAGCAACACUGCCUUGUCCAUAAAUCCUGGAAAUGUAGCGGCAGAAUUCACAACAGGACCACUCCAGCAGCCUGCUCAGAACUCUUCCUUGUGGCAUCAGUCAGGCCAGGAGAACGUCCAUACUUCUUUGAACUCAGUUGUUGCUGAGGAAAGUCCUUCUGGAUUCCUCCUAGACAAAGACUCUCCUUCCCAAACCAGGUCCUUGAAUACUGUGGACUUAGUAGAUUUAGCCAGAGAUUUUGACCAACCGACUCCUGCUGUGAAGGGCUACCGUCACUCCAGUCAUCCUGAAGUAGUUAGCCAAGUAGUAUCACGACGCAAUGGGCAGCCUAGGCAAGGGGGAGACCUCUUAAAGGGAUAUUCAAAGAUGCUGCCCCCAGUGGAAGAUCAAAACGAAGAGCUGGAAAGCAUUGAGGCAUCAGGCAAUCAGGUUUAUUUUGCUGUCUACACUUUCAAGGCCCGGAGCCCAAAUGAAUUGAGUGUAUUGGCUAACCAGAAACUCAGGAUCCUUGAGUUCAAAGAUGUUACAGGAAACAAAGAAUGGUGGUUAGCUGAACUGAAUGGGAAGAGAGGCUAUGUUCCAUCCAAUUACAUCCGAAAAACUGAGUACACCUGAAUCUACACUGCUUCCUGUUCAGUCCUGCUUUUGUUUCCACUUGACAGGAGGGGUUCUAGAAAGGAGCCCACUGAAGAAAAGAGAGAGAAAAAAGGGGCCUCACACCACCUGUCUCUGAUAUAGAGGGGUCGUCUGCACUGUUUAACCUCGGAAUGGCAGAGUACAAGACAGAAACCUUGUUGACUGCAAUGGAAUUAUGAAUGCUGCUGCUCAUUAGAAUUAGUAGAAAAAUGGACUCCCAAACUUAGAGGUAGACCAGACAUCACAAGGCCUGGAAUCCACAUAGAGAAAGAAUAUUUACAACCAGAAAACUAGUGUUCCUGCAUAUCAAAGUGAUGGUGCCUUAGCCUCAGGGUUUUAGAGGUGACUGACACAGCUUGCUAUGCUAUAGCUUGGUUUGAGCUUGCACACAGCCCCAGGAUCGAGUGAUGAGAUGCUGAUUUGGAUCAAGUGAAAGGGGAUGGUUAUUUGAGUUGUGGCCUGACCUGUGACCCGUUCAGACUGUGCUUCUGGUUGGAUCUUUACAUAUGGCAGUGAUAUUGUUGGACCUAACAGACCUAAUGAUUGUAAGCCCCCUUGAAUACCACCAGUCUUCAAUACACAAAUGCAUAUCCCCAACUUGAAAAAGUUCCCAGAUACUAACAAUCCUUUUGUUAACAUGUUUCUCCCUUCCCUGCUUCUGGUAUGUAAAAUAUCAGCUUUUUCUUUACUCCUUCUAAGGUGCUAAGAGCCCUUCAACUGAAUGAAUUCUUUCUCCUGUCUUGGGGCAUAAAAUAGUUCUUCCCAUUAUAGCUCACCCAAGUGGAAAUGACCCUUUUUUAUUAUUACACUAAAUGUGAACAAUAUUAUCACAUAGCCUCUCUCUGGGUGGCUCCACAGCCCCAAGCCAGUAGGGCUAGAGUUGCAGCCAUUCUGUAGACAGCUUUAGAGAUAGGUUGGGAUGCUUGGGCCAAACCAGCAUUGGAAUAUUUCUGGGGAUGUUUUACCCUCCUCAGUGCAGCGAGGCCUCCCUUUUCCAGAAUAUCCCUGGAUGCUGGGAUGGUAUUCUCCUUCUCUUGUUAGACUAGGAUUUCCUAGAAUCAUUAGGGAGUUCUCUGAGGUGAACUGUAGCUGGAGGAGGAGAAUAGGGCCAUGUAAUCAAAGUAACAAUGGAAUUGUGUGUAUGUCUAUAUCAUAGACACAGGAUUGUCAAAACAAGCUCUAUCUGCUUCUUAUUUUCUAUCAGCUCAGAACAUAAUCCCCAACCUACAUUCAUGUCAGGGUCAUUUUCCACUAAAACAUAUUACAGAGCUGUUCCUCACCCCCAGGCAUGAUCCUGUUUGUUUACAAGAACUUUGCCAUCCUGGAACCACUUAUGAUUAGUAUUCAAAGGAAUGGUCUCUCUGGACCUCCCCUUUCAACUUCUGCUCCUCAAAAUCAAGCCAUCCUUGAAGGAAUUAGGAAAAUAACAACUUGCCCUUUCCCUCCCAGCACUGGGAGAUGUCUGCUGCUCUUAUUAGGGGAGAGAAAGAGGUUUUCUCCUUUACUCUUGGACUGUGAGUCAUUUUUAGAGUUGUGGAUACUAAAUUAGUCCUUUUUGUAAAUAAAUUUUUUUUUAAAAAGUGAAAGACCCUUGGCACAUUUUAUCUUUUAUCCAAUAUGUUUUUGGUCGUUGGACAUUUUCACAAUAAAUUUCAUAGAAAUAAGCAACUUUAUUAAAUAAAAAAAUGCUUUCUUCAGGA